AUGGCUCCCUCAAAGAUUUCAAUCACACGGCGAUCUGCCAAAUGCAAACGCGUCACUUCUCCCAUACCACAUGACAGAGAUGCUGGUGCUUUCAAUCCCUACCCCGGACCGUUCUAUGGAAACGGCAUAACCACCCUUGAUAGUGUAACUUCUGCAAAAUACGAAGCUUUCAGGCUCAGGAAACGGGAAUACACCAUGUUUGAUACCCUCGAAAAUAAGGGCGACAGCAAGGAUCUUGAAUUCCUGGUCGGCAAAGUCAUUACCGGGUGGGAGCCUAGGCUCAUGACCCCCAAGAAGUUCCAUUCUUACUGCACUCUCUUUAGCGUUGAAGGCGAGAGCCCGCUGGUAUUUGUCCCUCAGGGGCCGAUCUUUUGUCGAGAUGUUGUGUUUGAUACCUCACUUUACCUCAAUCUCCCUGGCAACGGUAGACCCGAUACCCCGGCCGCUAGGAAGAUAGUUGACGCUAAAUGGAAAAUCGGAAAAUUCUGGUUUAACGAUAGCGAUGAACGUUUUUUCCAUGCCGUCAAGUUGUUGGGGAUCAAAUUUGAAGGGAUGGAGGGAUUUGGGCAUUUGUGGAGUGAAUUUGUCGACGAUGGGAAGGUAUAUUGCUCAAAUCACAUCACCAGGACCGAUAUAGUUCAAAUUGAUCAGUCGGAAUACGAAGAUUGGAAAUUGGAGACGGAGGGAUAUCCACAUAGGGAGGAAUGGAGCGCAAGGAGAGAGCUGCCCGAUGGGAGACAUACACAACCGAGCCGACUAGAGCCUUGA